GCAACUUCCUGCGUAGGCGAGCUUCGUGGACUUCAGAGGCUGCAGCCUUCGAAGACCGAGUCUCGACUUCAAAGUCCGCGGGGUUUGAAUAAUCCAGCCUUCAAAUUGGGAUGCACCCACAGUUUUAACGUAAAACAGGAAACUCGUGAAUAUAAAUUUUUUAGCACAGCGACAGGACGUGUCGUGACGCAGCAAAGGACCAGAGCGGUCAAUGUCCGGUCUAGUUACUGUCAAUGAAACAUGGCGCCCGCUACAGGACGAGGACCAAAGAUUUGUCUUUUGGCUCAUUUGAUGAUUUUUGCUUGGUAUUUAUUUACGCUGUGGACUAACUGCUCUCUGCAAACCGCGGACAGACAUCCUGGUGUGCGAUCAUAUGGAGGGCGCUGGAAAUAUUUGACGUUUAUUAAUCUGGUUAUGCAGACGAUAUUUUUUGGAUUAGCUGCAGCAGUGGAUGUAAUUCAUAUGGUUCUACCUGUAAAACAGACUCGCAGUGGAGCGCCUCGAAUCCUCGCGGAAGCCAGAGACUUUUACUUUACUGCUCUGUCUUUUCCUAUUUGCACCUUCGUGUUUGCAUCUUUCUGGACACUCUAUAUUUACAACCGAGAGUUGGUGUAUCCCAAAUACUUAGAUGAUAUCAUUCCUGUCUGGAUGAAUCAUGCAUUGCACACAGUAAUCCUGCCUUUGCUGCUGAUGCAGACGUGGCUUCAGAAUAACAAGUACCCCAGUCGUUUAAAAGGGAUUGCCGUUCUGGCUUUAUUUGUUGUCCUGUAUUUGUUAUGGGUAUUGUGGGUGCACCAUGUCUCCGACAUUUGGGUGUAUCCCAUCAUGGCUCACUUAGGUCCCGGUGGUUUGUGUCUUUUUCUUGGCGGUGCUUCCCUUACCAUGGUUCCUCUUUACCUGUUAGGAGAGAAGCUCAACUAUAUGAUCUGGAGUACAGCAGGGGACCAUCAGAAGAAGAAGAAGAAGAAGUAGUAGUAGUAAAGAUCUCCUGGAUGAUAAUGACCAACAUUAAUACCAGCUGUAAAAAAAAUUAUAAUUUAAAUUUAUAGGGCAAGAUGUUUUCUAUACAAAAAUAGGUUAAUUAUUUAAAUGGCAGAAAUUUAUUUCCAUAUAUUCAAUUUGUAUACACCUAUUUAAUUUAGUUUUUUAACCAAAUUAAUUGAACGAUUAUAAAUGUUAAAUUACCAAUGUGAACUUACCAAGUGCAUGUUUUUGGUUUGUUUUUUAUUUUCUUUGACACCUGUGAAAUCUUAGAUGCUGUAAUAAUACUAGAAAACUGUGGUGUUCAAUAGUUAAUGGCCAGUUAAUGAGUCUUUUUUGCUUUUCUAUUAAUAGUUUAUCAUUGUACAAUUUGGUGUUUACAUUAUCUAAAAAGGGAACCAUUUCAUUAAUUGAAUGAACUUAUUUUUUUAAUGAUCACAUUAUAGGUUUGAGAGAUACUUUAAUGACAAACUUUAACCUGUGUGAACUUGGGUAAAAUACAAAAGUUGUCACUGGGACAGUACCCUUUCAAAAAGGUACACCUUUGUACCCAAAGAGUGCAUAUAAUAUUAGUAUAAUACUAUAUAUUAGUACUUCAAAGGUACAUAUUGGCAGUUCAAAGAUACAUAUUUGUACCUAAAUUUUACAUAUUAGGCCCCAGUGACAGCGUUGUACCUUUAUUUUUGACAGUGUAAUCUCACAAAUUAGUUUUUGGCUUUGCUGAAAAUUUGAUAGUUUAUCAAAUAAACAUACAUGCCUCUAUGUUAUACUAGUACAGAUUUUAUUCACAUCCAGAUAAUGGCUUUGCAUUAAAUUUAACACUAUCAUCCCCUCUGAGCUCUUUCAGUCACCAUAGUCCCAUUAUAUGGAUUAUGCAAAUGAUUACUUCGUCUAAAAGAUGGAGUAAAUAACAGUGGUUUAUGAUUAUUGAAUUUGAUAUCAUUUAUUAAGUCACUUGUGUAAUACACUGUUAAUAAUACUGUAAAAAUAAUAAAAAAUAAAGAUGUCCUCAAUUUC